UUGUUACAACGUACAUAUUUUAUAUUUACGAAUUGCAUUGCAUACCAUGGGAAACAAUAAAUGUGGUAACCAAGCAAAAAGAAUUUUCAGAAAGCAAUUCAAAAGUAAACGUGAUGUUUAUAUUACAUCGAAGUCUAAUUUCGAGACACAACUUAAAUAUUGCAAAGAUAUUUUCAAUACAGGCGAAAAAGAUAUUUAUCUCCAUUGCAUGGGGAGUUCUAUUAACCGUUGCCUUAACUUAGCCCUACACAUUAUCAAGAACUACGGUCAGAAAUUAUCAUACUCCAUACAUACUUCAACCAUCCAGUUGAUUGAUGAAGCUCAUCCUUUACUCGAGUACGAAGAUAUUGCCUUGAGAACACGUAACAAUUCUGCUGUGCAUAUAAAGCUAUCACGCCAUAUAACCGAAUAAAAGUUUUUCUUAUUAACUAUGUUUAAA